UUUACAUACCUACAUACAUCACGAUAAUACAAUCAAAGAAUGAUAAGUGUGCGGGGUAUUCGAAAUAUAAGGACAUCCGAACAAUGUUUAUUUCAUCGAGUUCCGAUAUGGCGAGUCACACAGGUUGUCUAAUUUUGACCUUAAUUUUCCUAAUGGAAAUGGUGUCACCAUCCAUCUCCAAGGUUGCAUCCUCAGAACAAGAAAAAUCAACCUAUAAAUUUUCUCUGGAAGCGGAAGAUUUCGAUAAGGAGUUGGCCGAAAUUUCUCUAGGAGAGUUCAUAGAAGCCCUACAGGAAAUUAUUUUACUGCUUCAGCCAGAAUUGAAUGCAAUUUUUGAAAAAAGCACAUCAAUUCCUCGUUUCAGAAAAGCAAAUGAGGGAGAAAAAGCUAUCAGAUGCGUAUCGAAAUUAUUUAAUUUAAUUAAGGGCAUUAUAAGUACUCUGUUUCCUAAAUAAAUUCAAUAAAUAAAGGCA